GCUGAACAGCACAGGACCACACACAGUCUCACUGAGUCAGUAGACAUGGAGGAUGGGAAGUCUGAUCUGCUGCUAGUCAAAGAGGAGACAAUAGAAGAUGGAUCAGAGAGCAUUGAACUGCUGAGUGGAGUAAAGAUGGGGGAGCAAGGUGGUUGGCUGGAGGCUAACAGAGAUUGGGCAGCCGUCUUGGAUUCCCAGACCCAGACGGGAGCAGCCAAGGGCCCAGGGAAUAACAUAACUGAGCAGGCCAGGACCAGAGGCGACACAGUGGAGUCUGCAGUCCAUGAAGACCUGCUGAUCUCCAGUGUUACUGGCGGGAGAGACUGGACCUCUGAAGCGGCUGGUCACAAUCCCUGGCCCCGGAUCAGGACCCUGGAUCAGAAGCCGUCCCUCUUCCUUCCCGAGUCAGAACCAGGGCCGAACCACGAGGGACAGAGACUCCACCACAACCACUACACAGAACACAACCAGUGGACAGGUGGAAUGAACCACCUCAGUCCUGGUGGUCAUCAGAGAGACAGAGGCUCCAGUCUGCAGCACAGACCCUUCUCUUCACAGUCUCAGUGCAGGGAUGAAGCAGGGCCUGGGGCUGAUAGAGAUAUACCCUCCUGUUCCUAUGAUACAAACACCACAGUAUCUAUGCUGAACAGAGCAGGUCAUCCUGGGCUUCAGCCUUCAGAGAGAGUGGUGGGAGAGCCCCUGGUGGGAGUCUAUCAGCAAGUCUGUCUUUUCCUUCAGGGUCUCAUCUAAUGCCUGGUGACUGGGUUCAUAGAAGGCCUGGACCUGGGUCUAGCCUUCCUCAGUUACCUCAUGGUUACCCAACCAAUACAGACAGGGUCAGGAUGGGCGUUCACCACAAGAGGUACCUAGCCUAUAACACAGCACACAAUCUCAACAACACCCAAACAAUGGCUAGAGGUCAAG